GAACGGCAAGCUGUUUACAGGGGGGUGUCGCGUUGCUGGGGUGACGGACAAACGUCCUGCGGCAGGUAUUAAACUGAGCCCCCGCUGCCCCGCAGACCUCGAACCGAGAGCGCAGAGACACACUCUCCCAGAGUCUCACGACCGGAGGCUACUGCGCCUUCAUCCGAUACAGUCUGUGCUGCUCUUCUCUGAAAACAGCUCUGGUGUUACUGGACGCUCUCUCCCUGCCAUCCAGGCCUCCUAUCAGUGAAGACAGGAUCUGGCUGGGACGGGACCAUGCUCUCCAUGAGUUACACGGACCCCUGGCCGGAGGGCUCGGUGGGGCUGGAGGAGGAGGUGGUCACGGCUGCCGCUCAGGCCGAGCAGCUGGACCGGAGCUCAGUCGACUGCAACAGCAGCAGCUGCAGCUCCGACAGUUUAGACGACAGCCUCACCAGCCUCCAGUGGCUGCAGGAGUUCUCCAUUCUCAACGCCAGCGCCUCCCAGUCCAGCCAUCACCACAGCCACUUCUUUGGGAGCCAAGGAGGCUCGGAUGCGCCCUCGUCUCCUUUAGCAGGAGAUCCGGCGUCCAUAGGUAUGCCGCUGACCCCAGGCAAACCCACGGCGGCGUCUUUCUGCAGGACACCUUGCUUGUCGGCUCUUCCCAGCCUGGUUGCUCACGGACACUGUCCGGACGAAGUCGAUUAUAAGACCAACCCUCAUAUCAAGCCACCGUACUCAUAUGCAACUCUAAUAUGCAUGGCCAUGCAGGCCAGUAAGAAAACCAAAAUCACUCUCUCAUGCAUCUAUAACUGGAUCACAGACAACUUCUGCUACUUCCGCCACGCAGACCCCACUUGGCAGAACUCCAUCCGCCACAAUCUGUCACUGAACAAAUGCUUUAUAAAAGUCCCGAGACAAAAGGAUGAGCCAGGCAAAGGUGGGUUCUGGAAGAUCGACCCCCAGUAUGCAGAACGUCUCCUCAACGGUGCCUACAAGAAGCGUAGGAUGCCCCCUGUGCAGAUCAACCCAGCUCUUCAGAACUGCCUCAGGAUGAAUGCUCACGCUGGACAAGCUGCAGCCACUGCAGGGAUGGCCAGAAACCUUUGUGUGAGUCCCGAGUCCCAGCAGCUCCUGAAAGAGUUUGAGGAAGCCACGGGAGCCGAUCAGAACUGGGACCCUCGUUUGGCUGAAGCCACCAUGUUGAAUUGUUGGGUCUCAGGAAAGGGCAGCAAGAGGAAACAGCCUUACAGGACUGGUGGGAGCAAAGCUCCACGGCGCUCAAGCUCCCCACUGCUGGCCAUGGAUGAGCAGGAGGACUUAAGCUCCCUGAAGGGCAACUUUGACUGGGACGCCCUGCUAGACUCGGCCCUGAAUGGAGAGUUAAGCUUGAACGAAGGGGGUCCGCUGAGCCCUAUACCACAAGACGAGGACUUGAUGGUUAGAGGCACCCAUAUCAGCCCUCUUGAACUUCCUGGAGGCAUCAUUGAGAACCAUGUGUUGAUGGAAACUCAGAGGAGCAGCGAAGCAGACUUUGAUGAGGAAACCUUCCUGGCCACUGCAUUUCUCCAGAGUCCCUGGUCGGAGGUGGAAGAGGGCAACCGUCCCGACUUCCUCUGUAGCUCAACGGUCAACAUUGAUCAACUCUUUGACCUGGGAGACUCUCUCGGAGGAGACUUAAGCAGUAAGAUCGAGUCUCUCCUUUGAAGAGGUCAUCAGUGACACUUGAAAUUCAGGCCUUUGGGCACAAACAAGUCAACGAACAAAGAGGGUUUGGACUGUUUACCCCCAAAGAUUUCAUGCUGGAUUCCAUGAAGCCCAUGUGAAGAUGUAUUUUUAAAAGCGUAUCUAUUUCGACUACUGAUUUUUAUGAUUAUGUUUUUGUAUUUGAUAUGUUAUCUACCUGCAUUACAGCUAAUCUAAUCAAGAUCCUUAGCGAUUCCCUAAAAUCAUCUAUCAAAUGCUUGGAACAUGGGAUUCGGUGACUGAACAUGUUAUGGAGGUAGACAAAAAAAAGAAAAAUUUGUUGUUUACAAUUCAACUUUACAUAGCAGAACUGAAUAGUUGAAACACCUUAUGGAUGAAGUCAAAUAUGUUAGACAUAUUAUAUCAUACUCACACAAACUCAACUUUAAAUCAGCUGUGCAAAUGAAAUUGUGUGUUAUGCAACCUUCCUUGCGACUGCAAGCAAUGUACUAUCAGUGAACACUUCUAAAAAUAAAGGUUCCUAAUUGGCAUUCAUGCUUCCAUAAAGAACCUUUAACAUCCGUAGAAUCUUUCAAUUGUUCAAAAUGUUCUUAAGAACUGUUCACUGGAAGGAUCUUUGGGGAACCAAAAGUGGUUCUUCUGCAUUCCGAUAGGUUUCAUUUGGUACCUGUAUUUUCAAGAGUGAAUUUAAUUUGUUGAUCUCAGAAACGCUCCAAGGCUACACAUUUUGGAUGUCCCACCUGAUUUAUAUCAUCAGCUCAAUGGUGGAGGCUCCAAGACCUGAACUGGAUGUGUGCGAUAAAGGAGACAUCCAUAAUGUGCAGUGCUGGGGUCCUCCAGACCAGGACUGAAGACCACAUGUGUAGAAUAUUGAAACUGAAUUGUUUAGGUUUCUAGAAAACAAAUGAGCUAUUUUAGCACCGAAUGGCUGGUAGGAUGAAAUUUGGUGUAUUUUGAUAGUGAACCUGCACUAAUUUGAUGAAUGGGUUUUUUGGGGUUCCUACCCAUGUUGGAUUAUUCGGUAGGCAAAAGUAUAUGUGCCAAACUUUCUCUCUUGCAGCUGAAUAGAUUCUACAUGCACAUCUAACCACUUUCACGCACAUAUUGUGUUAUGAGUGUUAUGCUGACUUCAUAUAAAUGAUAUUUUACGUCAAGACUACUUUUAUCUUCUUAUUUAGAUUGUUAGUACUAAGUACAGUUAAAUGGGAUGAGUUAAUCUCUUGGGAAGAUAUGUCAUUAAAGUAAAUAAUAAAAAAGGCACUAAUAUACCAAACAUUUUUCAUUUGUUUGUUUGUUUUAUCCAGAAUAUGAGCUCAAAAAUGAAACCCAAUCACUCCAUUGGGUUUCAGUAAUAUCUAAACUUUGUAUGUGCCAAGGAAAGUAAAUGGCAAAACAGACAUAUUUUUAUGUCCAAAACAUAUAUGUCUAUUCCUAUAUGCCUGUUUGUUCUGAAUUUGUCAUGUACCAAAAUUUGUCCAAAAUUGGUAAUGCAAUGACGUAUAUAUAAAUCAAAUGAUUGUUUGACAACAAAACUUCUUUCCAAAGAUACUAGUGGCUUGAUUAAUUUUUUUUAUUAUCAUACCUGUCAUUGUUCUAUAAGUUUUACACAUUUUCCGCUCCUAAUUUUGGUAAUUUUGCUUACUUAAUGUUUUUUUCCCCCUACUGACACUGAUACACCUGCAACAAUGCCUACAAAGUGUUGCCUUGUUUCAGAGACUGACAACAUCUCCUCAGCAUCACCUUCUUUUGAAUCAUGUUUAGCCUAUUUGAACAUACUGUACUUCAGAUUAAAAUAUAAGACAGAUA